AAUGACCACUUCUGAUGGGAGGGGCGCACUUGUUUUAAUGAGAAACUAAAUGACAGAUUGGAUCUUUAUUUCACGUGAUCCCCGUGAAUGGUAAGGCAGUCGGGGCCGAGCCUCCGGUAUUAACCCUCCCCGAAGUUGCAUGUCUUAUAUUUCAUUCAUGAUCACUCAGAGAGUCAUUGACAUUUAAGCCGCGUGAGCGUUUGCCACGUGCAUCAGGCGGCACAUACCGUUCAGCCCGCCAAAUAUUUUAUCGUAAGCCGCCUCACUGGCCGUGGCACAGACACGGUGAAGGCUUGCGGGUUUGAUGUCAUCGCCGAACGAAUUGGGCACACGGCCUUCAGAGUGCAGCGGCCUUCGUGGCUCUAACAUCCUGUCUGGUAUUCAUGCUCGCCCCUCCCAUCCCUGAUGGACUUUGCCCUUCACCCUAUUUAUGACCUCUCGGUCUACAGACAACCUGCUGCAUUGUGGUUGUUCUUUCUAAGGUUGAAAUUAACUGUGUACUGUCCCAGCUUGUGAGUCAGAAUCUCAAAUCUAAACGAACUGCCAAGACCCUGCCAAUGCGUCGUACGAAAGCCCCUGACCCUGGUCAUCGUCCAGCACUUAACAAGGAUUUAAUGUCGCCCGUGUCGUCUGUCAGCCAGAUGAGAUCAGAGCAGAAGGCCACAGUAGAUGAGACCACGCCGUUUGGUACACAAGCGCUGCACGACACAAACAACAGCAGACAAAAAGGUCUAAUCCCACAAUUAGUGUAAAAGCUCUCCAAGAUCAAGCCAAGAUUAAAAAUGAAGUAUUAAAGAGAGUCGAAUAAAAUCAGGUUUUCGAUACACAAUUUGUCUAUUAAAUGAAAAAAAACAAAACAUGACUUUAUGGUCGUCUUGCAAAGAACAUGACUGUAUUCAGUUCAGUUUCCAUAGUAACAAAUGAGGAGCAAACGUCAUGCCUCGUUCUCUCCGUAGUUCAGAAAAUAAGCAUCUGUCAACAUUUGUGACAAUAUGCUGCUGGAAGAUAAAUCCUGACUGAUUCAUCACAAAAAAACAAAAAAAAAUCUUGUCAGGAGUGGGAUUUGAACCCACGCCUCCAUUGGAGACCAGAAUUCCCAAUUGAUUGGAAGGAGUUGUUCCUUGAGUCUGGCGCCUUAGACCGCUCGGCCAUCCUGACUGAUAAGUGAGAGCAGUAAUCAAAGGUAGCUAGUCCGAACGCAGGCUACAGUUGCCUGGACUUUCUAAACACGAACUUGGAUUCCAACAUCUGAUGUUGGCAAGCAGCAGAAAAAAAUAUUCCCUGCUCAAGUAUUAGAUUAGACCUCAAGUGUCAAUCUCAAGAGUCAGAGGCCAGAUCAGGCCUGUGACAUCAUUCACGUGGCCUGGUAGUCAACCAGCACUCAGCAGAUGGUGUUCAACUUGAGAAGGUUUUGAAAAUGUCAUUUAUGUGACCCGAAACGCUUAAAGCCAUUUAACUGUUGCCAUUUCCACCCGAUUCUGCUUGUACCACUCCAGCUCGAAUUCUUAGACACCACUGGCAGCCCGAAUGUGAAAAGAACAUUCAGUGUGAAUGACAGCAAGACACAUUUCCAAGUGAGAGCAAAUCCAUUAAGCCCCUUUAUAUAUUCAUGCAUAUGUUGUGUAAUCAUUUUCUCAAUGCACGUACCUGGAGUCUCCGUGGACCAUUAGUGCACAUUAGUGUUGGUGUGGGAGUGCAUCUAAACUCCCCUCCCCCCUGUCAGAGUGGUUUCAUACCCCCUCGAGUGACUGAGUGAGAGAGAGAGGAGGACCUCCUCAUAUAAACAUGCAGGGAAAUCCCAGCAGCAUUGCAAGAUUAACGCCGAGGGGGCACUACACGCUCCAUUUCACUAGCAACAUGUUUCUCAACUAAUCCUGCUUGCAAAUACAGCCAGGCUGCAGGGAGCAAUUGAAAAGUUCACUCGUUAAACUUCUGUUUAGGAGUCAAAGAAGCCCAAGCGGCUGAUUUCUUUAACAACGGGACAAUGAUGUCCAGCGUGCGCCGGCACAGUCUCCGCCUCCAGACCGAGAUCCACCGCUGGAGCAUCUGCGACCCGGACAGCCUCCUCGCCCGCGUACCCGCUUGCAUCUCCCGAUCCAAGUCGUGCGCCAGCUCCGCCGGAGAGUCCGACGGAGGCGGCAGCCGCGGCAGCUGGUCCUCCUCGUCCGACUCGGUCAUCUCCGCCGACUCGGUCAAUCCGUACCGAGUGGUGCUACUCGGGGCCGGAGGGGUCGGAAAGAGCGCCUUCGCCUGUAUCUUUUCCGGGGCCGCGGACAGCAUGGACAGCGAUGACUGCGAGCUGUGCGGAGAAGAACUACGUGAGCGAGAGCUGGAUGUGGAUGGAGAGACGGCAACGAUCACCCUGUUGGACACAUGGGAUACAGAGAGUGACAGCGAAUGGGCUCAAGAGCGCUACAUGCAUUCAGGCGACGCCUUCCUGCUGCUAUACUCUAUCACCGACCGAGCGUCUUUUUUACGGGCGUCGGAGCUCCGCAUCACCCUGCGCCGCCUUCGCCCCGCCCAACACACGCCCAUCAUCCUGGUGGGCAACAAAUGUGACCUGGUGCGACGCAGAGAGGUUUCUACCAACGAGGGCCGCGCCUGCGCCGCCGUCUUCGACUGCAAAUUCAUCGAGACCUCCGCCGCCAUGCAGCACAAUGUGUGGGAGGCCUUCCGCGGCAUCGUUCGUCAACUGCGUCUGCGCAAGGACUCCAAGGGCGCCGCCCGCCGCUCCCGCCGGGAGAGCCUCCCCACUAAGGCCAAACGUUUUCUCGACAAGAUGGUAGCCAGGAACAAUCCCAGCGUUGCGUUUUGGCUCAAGUCAAAAUCCUGCCACGACUUGUCCGUUCUGUAGGAGAACGAUUGACUGAAAGACUGAGGUGAGGAGUGGACUGAAUGAGGGGCUCCAAGAACAAUUUGAUGGACAUGUUUACUGUUUACAAGCAACCCAUGGACAAGGAGGAUUAUGUAUUUGUGUGUUUCCUAUACCUCUCUUGCUAUUUGCAUUCAGUCCCGCUUACUGUACAAUGUAUUUCCAUGGUAACACAAGGGUCAACAUAUAAAGGUCAAAACUAACACAUUUAUCUGUCACCCACGAGAAAAACGUAAGGAGAUAGAGCUAGAAAGCCUGAGUGGAUUUGUUUUGUUAUUGUGGAAGGUUCCAUGUUGUGUGUGAAUGUUUUUUUUUUAAUUUUGUGGGGUUUCUGUUGUGUGGCAGAUUUGGGGUGUGUGUCUUUUUUUGGGUGCGUGUGAGAGGGAAGACGGACAUUUUUUGGGUGAGUUUUUUGUUGUCAGUUUUGUGUUGUGUGCCAACCUUUUUUGAACAUUUGUGAUUUUUUUGUGCAUGUUAUACCGUGCUUGAGAGUUUUUUGAGGGUUUAAGUGUGUUGUAGCGGGAGAGAAUGAGUGAGUUUUUAUUUGUGUAUUUGUGAGGAUUUUUCUGGGAUGGCUUUUUUAUGUGUCUACAUGACAGUGUUUUGAGUGAUUGAAUUAUCUUCUGACGUGUUUGAGUUUUUUCCGGGCAAAGGUUUUUGGUGUGUGAUCUUUUUUGGGAUGUAUGUGUGAGAGGUGACAUUUUCGUUGUUGUUAGUGUUUUAAAUGUAAGUUUUUUUGAUGAGUGAGAAUAUUCUAAAGGUUAUCUUUAGCUUAUACAGCACCUGAUAUCAAUGCAAAUCCCUGCAAUGUUGCCAUUUAGCCACCUAGCUUCUCGAUUUGCUUAUUUCAAUAAAGAUAAAAGGAAAAUC